GGGGCGGAGACCCGCGGGGGACCAGGCGAAUGGGGCGGGCCGGGGGCGGCGGCCCGCAGGGGCGCGCUCGGCCUCGGCGGCGCCGCGGCACCCUGCCUCGGGCCGGCUGCGCAGACGGCCGCGGCGUGGAGUCGCGGGGGCGCAGGAUGUCGGGGGUCCCGGGCGUCGGGCCGCUGGGCCGCGCCAAGCCCGGCGCAGGGAGCGCGUCGCCCGCCGGCUUCGUGCUGGGGCUGGACGUGGGCAGCUCGGUCAUCCGCUGCCAUGUCUACGACCGCGCGGCGCGCGUCCGCGGCUCCAGCGCGCACAAGGUAGAAAAUCUUUAUCCUCAACCUGGCUGGGUUGAAAUUGAUCCUGACGUUCUCUGGGCCAAAUUUGUGGCUGUAAUAAAGGAAUCUGUUAAAGCUGCGGGAAUAGAAAUGAAUCAAAUCCUUGGUCUGGGCAUUUCAACACAGAGGGCGACUUUCAUUACGUGGAACAAGAAAACGGGAAGUCAUUUUCACAAUUUCAUUAGUUGGCAAGACCUAAGAGCUAUUGACCUUGUAAAAUCUUGGAAUAGUUCCCUUUUAAUGAAGCUGAUCCACAAUUCCAGCCGAGUCCUUCACUUUUUCACCAGAAGCAAACGGUACUUAGCCGCCAGUCUGUUCAAGUUCACGACCCAGCAUGUCUCCCUGAGAUUGGCCUGGGUACUGCAGAACCUCAUGGAGGUACGGAAGGCCAUUGAGGAGGGAAACUGCUGCUUCGGGACCGUGGACACCUGGCUACUGCACAAGCUCACGAAAGGGGCUGAGUUUGCCACGGAUUUUUCCAAUGCCAGCACAACUGGACUCUUCGACCCCUAUGAGAUGCGCUGGAGUGGGUUCGUCACCUCCCUGCUCUCGAUCCCUCUCUCCCUCCUGCCCCCCGUCAGGGAUACCAGCCACAAUUUUGGAUCCGUGGAUGAAGAGAUUCUCGGGGUGUCUAUACCCAUCGUGGCCUUGGUGGCCGACCAGCAGUCCGCCAUGUUUGGGGAGUGCUGCUUCCAGACCGGAGACGUGAAGCUGACCAUGGGCACGGGCACCUUCCUGGACAUCAAUACCGGAAGUGACCCCCAGCAGAGCGUCGGAGGCUUUUAUCCAUUAAUUGGGUGGAAGAUUGGACCGGAAGUUGUGUGUCUGGCCGAAGGCAAUGCCGGAGAUGCUGGCAGUGCCAUCCAGUGGGCGCGGCAGCUGGACCUUUUCACAGAUGCUGCCGAGACGGAAAAAAUGGCCAGAAGCCUCGAAGAUUCUGAAGGCGUUUAUUUUGUCCCUUCUUUCAGUGGAUUGCAGGCGCCCGUCAACGACCCCUGUGCCUGCGCCUCCUUCAUGGGCCUGAAGCCGUCCACCAGCAAGUACCACCUGGUGCGGGCCAUCCUGGAGUCCAUCGCCUUCAGAAACAAACAGUUGUACGAAGUGAUGCAGAAAGAGAUCCGUAUCCCUGUGACAAAAAUCCGGGCGGACGGGGGCGUGUGUAAGAACAGCUUCAUCAUGCAGAUGACCUCCGACCUCAUCAACCAGGCGAUCGACAGGCCCGUCCAGGUGGACAUGUCCUGCCGCGGGGCCGCCAGCCUGGCCGGCCUAGCUGUGGGGUUUUGGAGUGAUAAGGAGGAACUAAAGAAACUGAGGCAGAGUGAGAUGGUUUUCAAGCCACAGAAGAAAUGGCAGGACUAUGAAAUUAGUAUGGAAAACUGGGUGAAGGCAGUGAAACGCUCCAUGAAUUGGUAUAACAAGACCUAGAGUCCAGCCAGAUGGGACCCCACCCCCCGGUGGCCAGAGGAUGGGCCGCACAGAGGUGCAAAGCUGGGGACCAACCAAUACGACGGUGACAGAGAACCGGAAGUCUACAGGGAGCUUCGCAAAUAGGGGGAAGAAGCCGUGCUCGUUGGUGAAACUGAAACGAAGCAACGUCACCUUUUUUUUUUCAAAACCGAAUCCAGUCGGGUGCUCAGGAAGCAAUACCUCACUCAGAACUUUUUAUUUGUGCAGAAAAUUCCCAAUGAUGUGAGCCAUUUCCAGCCACUGGGGCGGCUCCUUGUGGGUCCUCCUUUUUGUUCCCAGGACCCUGACGUCACGCACAUGGUCAUUCUCCACCUCUCCAGUACUCAGCCAAGCACCAGGCACAUGGUGCUCUAGAAGAAGGGGCAAAGUACUCCUUUCAUUGCUCCGUUUAAGUGCAAUCACUUCAAAUCCCAGCAGCCAAAAGGGGGGGAACGAGCCAGGAAAGGUGGCGUUUUGGAACGUGUUCUGGUUAAAGUCAUAAGGGUUUCAUGCUGGGUCCAAGUCUGAGCUUGGUUCUCUCAGCUCGGUGUGUCUUGGUUGUCUUUCCUUUCUGGCCUGAAGACACUGCCUUCGUCUUUUAAGGGACUCUGAGCGUCCAGGAUGAAAAUCCCUAACGGUGCUGGAAAAGGCCGUUGCCUCUCAAGGAGCAAGAACACCACCCUUUCCUGCAUGAGCCGCAGCUCCUUCAGCUCCUUUCAGCGUCCUCAUUUCCUGGGAAGUGCCCGCCAGACAUGCCAUCUCACCCUGGCGUUUCUUGGACACUGAGCCUUUUGCACAAACGCCUCGCCUUUGUGAAGUGCCUCACUGACAGCCUGGCAGGCGUCACUGCUGAUCUGAGCAGCGCCUUUGUGGGGGGGGGGGGCUCCUCACCCACGUGUCUUUCUGGCCGUUUGUCCAUCCUCCUGGGCUCUGCCGUGCACUGGGGAUGGAGCAGGAACCGAGUCACUGAGCCCCGGGCCCAGCGGGCGGACCGGACUUCACUGCUCCAACUCCAUCUUAGCAAACUGAAAGGAUCUUCCUCGAUUAGUAUGUUCUUGAAAUUUCCUUCUAUUUCUUUAAUUUCGGGGGACCUCGCAGGCAGUGAUCAGGAGGUCCCCGGCCCAAGGAUGCGGGGCUGCUUGGGCCACCGUGAUGCCAGGAGACCCAGACUGCCCCCUGGGAUGCUGGGGGUCCCCAGUUCUGUGUCCUCACUGCUGUGUCCUCUCCCAGACCUUGGGGUUUUUAUUAUGAUGGAAACAUAGUAGCCAAUAAUUGGUACCAUUAACUUCCCCAGUGGAAGAGCUCUUUUUGAUUCAGGAAAGGUGUUUUGUGUCCUGGAAAUUAAUCUGAUCCCUUCUGUUGAUAAUUUCUUACUCGAUUUUUCAUUCUAUUUCUCACAGCUUUUUUCUUUAAAAAAGAAAAAAAAAGACUCACUUGAGAUACACAGUUACAAAAUUGUUCGCUAUUGGGUUUCAGUCAUACAAUAUUCCAACACCCGUCCCUUCACCAGUGGAUAUUUCCCACCACCUGUGUCCCCAGUUUCCUCCCACCACCCCGCUCUCCCCCUCCCCCUCCCCCUCCCCCUCUCCCUUGCUGGCCUCAUGGUUUGCAGUACAGGUAUGAAGGUUAUCAGGCGUAUCGCUUUGCCUCCUGUCAGCGUGCAGUUCUUGUCUGACAGCCUUUUUGCAAAGCUCAGUUGGCAGUUGGGUUUCCCUCCCAAAGGCACGAACGAGAAAGGGCUCGGCCGCUGCUCACCUCCUGGUGAUUCUGCUUCUCAGCCUGACUGAAAUGAUUCUGUCUUCUCUUCGGACAUUCUGCACUGUGAUACUGUUGCUAUGUGAGAGUUCCUUCAUUCACUUCCCUUCCACACACUGCAUCAUCGUGAAACCACAGAAUAAAGACUAAAUCUGGCUUAGGUGAGGUAGGAGAUCAGCUCUGGAUAUCUCUUCUUGGAAUUAAGCGUUUCUUCAAAAAUCAGUGGUUAAUUUUUUUUAUUCUGUCAAGAGUUUAUUAUUUUUUUUUAACUCACGCAGGGACACGCCUUCAGCGCUGUCCCCGAUGGUGCUUAAGGAACCACAUCCCAGCCCUGGAAGUUACUCUUUGAUCUCUCAGUAUGUGUGACUGUUCUUAGUGAUACUGUCAUAGUUGACCUAAGUUCGAAGAAUGUUUUCACAUUUCCUUGUAUCAUCAUAGAGAUAGUUUUUGAAUCAGAAUCAAUGAAGCCAACUACUUGAGCCUUUGCAUCUUUCAGAUUUAUUCCUCCCUUGUAUGUUGACUUUUUUCUUUUUCUGUUUUUGUGCCCCACCCAGAGGUGCUCAGGGAUUACUCCUAGCUUUGUGCUCAGGAAUCCCUCCUGACAGGGCUUGGGGCGGCAAACAUAUGCAAUGCUGGGGAGUGAACCUGGGCUGGCCUCACGCAAGGCAAACAUCCUGCCCGCUGUCCUCGCUCUACGACUCUCUGCUGACAUUUGAAGCUUUAAAACUCUGUACUAGUAUUUCUCACUCUGUCUUUUUUAGGAGACAUUUCUCAUAGAUUCCUCCUUCGGGCAAUGCUAAUUGCUCUUCUGUCCUUACUGGUUUUUAAAUGUUUUGUUUGGGGGCCACACCAGCAGUGCUCAGGAGUACCUGGCUGUGCACUCGGAAUUACUCCUGGUGGUACUUGGGGGAAUCAUACGGGAUGCUGGAGAUUGAAUCAGGGUUGGCCUUGUGCAAGGCAAAAUGUCCUCCCUGUCAUCCUGUCGGUCUGGCCCCUUGAAAUUUCUUGUCAGUGUCUGUUGCCGUGUUAUGUUGUCGUGACGUGGCUUUUCAGCUACAGCACUAUUCCCAUUUUGGAGCAAAUUACUUCUUUCUUUUUCUUUUUUUUUUGCUUUUUGGGUCACGCCUGGCAAUGCUCAGGGGUUACUCCUGGCUCUGCACUCAGGAAUUACUCCUGACGGUGCUCGGGGGACCAUGUGGGAUGCCAGGGAUCACACCCGGGUUGACCACGUGCGAGGCAAACACCCUUCCUGCUAUAAUAUCACUCAGGCCCCUGGAGCAGAUACUUCUUUUGGGGCACUGUGCCAGCGAUCUGGGCAUUUGCAUGGUUUUCAGGUAACGACCAGGAAUUCUCCCCAAGCUGUGAUUGUCAGGCGUGUCUCCUGGGGGCCAAGGACGCAGCUGAUAGCCGGGCACCUGCCUUGCAAGUGUGCGGACCCGGGCUCCCUCGUCAAGAGAGAAAGACUAAAAAGAAACACACGUCCCAACACUGCCCAGGGCGUCCUGCUAGGUUAGCCUCGGUCCCAGGGAGGGGCAGAUGCUUUGCAUGCGGGAGGCUCCCCCCAGCUCCGCCUGGACCCCCAAAGCUCCCUAAAUACUUCAGUGGGAGCAGCCCCUGAGCACUUCCUGCUGUGCCCCCCCCCCAACAAAACAACGCGACAACAACUGUCCUGUGUUCAAACCACUGCUGCGGACAAGACUCCGUGACUCCAGAGUGUCUGUCGGGGUCCUUCGCCCCCCUCAUCUCAAGGUGUGGUUGCUACCUCGAACCGAGUUGCAUCUUUAUUCCGCGUCUGCUUGGCUCCUGAAUGGGAUUUUACGAAAAGUCGUGGGGAGCAGUCUUGACGCCAGCUCAGGAGUUGGUGGGAAAGACUUUACCCUUCAGAGAGGCGGCAAGCUGGCCCCUGGGUUCCUCGUAGGAUGCUUGGGGCAUCCCGUUGGUAGACCAGAAGGCUGAAAUGCCCUUGGGAAAAGGACGAUCACAUUUCUCAGGCAGAUUAGCAUGUCCAGCCAACCCGGAUUAUAUUCUGGAACACAUGAAGUAUGGCUCCGAGUUACUUGUCAGAACAGGUCACCCUGAGCUGGGAGGUGGCUCCGAGGGCAGGAGCCUUACUAUCAGGGGGGCCCCAGCUCCCCACCCUAACGCUACUGACCCCAGCGGCCCUGGGCUGACCAGUCUGAAUCCUCCAAACCUGCACAGCCAGACUGAGUCCUGAGACCCCCCAGGGGCCCCGGACACUACUGAGGAGCACCCCCAACCCAAAUAAUUUAAAAAGCGGGUUACCUCCAAGGAAGGUACGUGGCAGGUCAUGCAGAAUUGCAUGGGCAUUUUGAAGUUGGGGCAUCUCUUGGCCAUAAAUGUCCUGGCACCAGCAUCUGUUCUGGGAUCAGCCAUGUUCCCACCACAUGCCCUGAGGACGGGAGGAGGGGGGUGCGGGUGGGGGGUCGAUAGAGGCAGGAACCCACAGAAUCCAGAGAAUCGCUGAGAUUCUCUUCAUUCCGUUUCCACUGUCUCUCUCUCUCUCUCUCUCACACACACACACACACACACACAUACACCAUACACCAUACACUUGUUUUAUUAGAGUCAAGAAGGCUCCAUCUGCAUGUGUUUCUGUUACUUAGAACAGACUUGAUUCCAGGGGUGCACGGACCUUGUCGUUCCAGGAACUGCCUGGCUGGUGACCCGAGUUGGGCCCCCCAGCCCCGACGGUCCACCCUCUCUGCCCCAGCAUUAGUUCCCCACAGUUCUCCCCAGGUUCGGAGGGAGCCCCUGGGAGAGGUGUGUGACUCACCACGUUUCCCCAGCUGGACGCUGUGGUGCUGGUUGUCCUGUGGCGCUCCCUGUGCCCUCUCUCCCCUGCUGUGUCUGUUCGUGCCCUCUGCCCGUUGGCUGACUGAGCCGUUGGCUCAAGGGCCCUUGGUGUUUCAUGAGCCAGACAUGCCCAGGUACCUGGCCUUCUUAGCCAUUUAAAAAGCAAUCAGCCUUGGACUUUCCAGAUCUUUCCAGGAGACAUGUGUAGAUGCUCUUGAUGAUUUUGUGUUUAUGGGGGCUCAGCAAACAGCCCGUAUUUUCCUUCUCUUUUUUUUUUUCUUUUUGGGUCACACCCAACGAUGCACAGGGCUUACUCCUGGCUUUGCACUCAGGAAUUACUCCUGGCAGUGCUUGGGGAACCAUAUGGGAUGCUGGGAAUCGAACCCCGGUCAGCCGCAUGCAAGGCAAAUGCCCUCCCCGCUAUGCUAUCGCUCUGGUCCCCAAUCUGUGUUUUUCUGCCAUUGUUACCUGAAGGACCAGUGCCAAUCCUGUGGAAUAGCAAAGAAAACCUCACAGGCCCCAGCUUCAGAUGCUAAGUGGAGCAUCCAAAUUCAGAGUUUGUACUGAGAUAUCAGCAUCCUUCUAAUUGUUUGAUGUAAGCGGAUUUGCGCUACUAUUUCAAAAACGAUUUUGUAGGAUAUUAUUCCAAAAAUCAUCUGCCUGUGUUAGCAGCUUUGGAUUGCAAGUACAGGCCUCCAUGAACUCACCAUCUUACUCCCUUCAUCUCCCUUGCCAAUGUCAUGGUUUCAUUCAACAGUCCUGGAGAACUGCAUGAGCUAUUGUGAAAGAUCUGGAAGUGUAUUUUUUUAUUUGUAUGUAAACUUGCCCUUUAUACCUUUUUUGUCUGCUGUAACUUUGGGAUAUGUUUUUCAGCUUUACCUGAAAAUUAUUUAAUAACAUUUUCUGAUCUGUUUUUGCACAUGGAAUCACAGAAAAAUAAGUAUAUAGUAACGAAUACUACUGUGUUGAUUCAAGAUAAAUUUGAGCUUGCUGUGGGCCGAAGAAAGAUUCUGUGUAACCACGCCUUUUAAAAUCCUGGUCAAGCUGCUGUGUCUCUGUUCUGUAUUUGUUGAACUGUGGGAAUUACUGGAGAAGCAGGUUCAUUCUUCGUGGUAAAAGAUGAUGGCACUUGUUAUGAAGAUAGCCUGCGUUUUCAAAAUACUCAGAUUUUAAAUAACUGAAGGAAAGGUAUUUAAAAUACUAGCGGGAUAGUAUCAGCCUAGCACUGUUUAAAAAAAUCCCUUCUGAAACUUACGCGCUGAGAUUGUUCGGAAAAUGACAGUGAUUGGUUGAUCUAGAUAUAGUAGGUAUUAAAGUCAUUUUUUAAACUUAA